AUGUGGCCAAGCCGAGUACAUCCGAACGUCUUCGGCUUCAAUACUUCUCUCAGCUCCUGCAAGAGGUCAGAGCUUUGGCAGCAGGCCUUGUGGCUGUUCGAGCUCAUCCCCCGCCCGGACCGCGUGAGCUUCAACUGCGCUCUGACCUGCUUGGCUCGCGCGUCACAGGGCAGCUGCUCUCUUCAUGCGCUGCGCCUCCUUGAGACGAUGCCCACAGCGCAACUUCAGCCGGAUAUCAUCAGCUUCAGUGCAGCGAUCGGUGCCUGCAAGGGCCAGCGGUGGCAACAGGCGCUCCACUUGUUCGAGUGCAUGCCACAGGCAUCCGUGCUGCCAGACGUCGUCAGCUUCAACGCAACCAUCAGCUCCUGUGAGAAGAGCGCUCAGUGGCAACAGUCUGUAGACCUCUUCGCGCGGAUGUGCUUCGCCAGGCUGCCAGAUGUCAUCAGCUUCAAUGCAACCAUUAGCUCCCUGGGAAAGGCGCAACAACCGCAGCGCGCGCUAUGUUUGAUUGAAGCGAUGCCCACGGCGCAGGUUCAGCCGAGCGUGAUCACGUUCAACGCGGGCAUCAGCGCUUGCAAGGCCAGCCUGUGGCAGCAAGCCUUGCAGCUGUUUGCUGACAUGCCGAGGAGCGUGUGCCGGCCGGAUGUCAUUACCUUCAACGCGCUGAUCAGCGCCUUUGAAGCUGCAGGACAGUGGCAGCAGGCGAUACACCUCUUGGCCUUCGCUGGCGUGUCCCCGGACGUCAUCACAUUGAACGCGACCAUCAGUGCCUGUGAGAAGGGCACAAACUGGCAGCAUGCGCUGCAGGUCUUUGAGCGACUCCAUCCGAGAGGGCGUCCAGGCUUUGGUUUCACAAGGAUCCCUGCGACGGUCAUCAGCUGCAAUGCCGCCAUCAGCUCUUGCGAGAAAGGCGCCCAGUGGCAGCACGCCCUGCGCCUGCUGCGGCAGAUGGCCCGUUGGAACUUGCGGCCAGACGUCAUCAGCUUCAACUCCGCCAUCAGCUCCUGCGAGAAGGGCCGGCAAUGGCAACACGCCCUGGCCGCGUUUUCAGCGAUGGAGAUGUCCCAUGUGCAACCAGACGUCAUAAGCUUCAGCGCAGCCAUCAGCGCCUGUGAUCAUCGCCGGGUGGUCGCCUUGAUGCGGGCCAUGGACGUGGCCCAGGUCCAGCCCAACGUGAUCACCUUCAACGCCGCGAUGAGCUCCUGCGGCAGAAGCCUCGCCUGGCACGCGGCGCUGCACUUCUUGACAUCCAUGGCACGUCAGGUGGUGUUGCCAGACGACGCCAGCUUCAGCGCGGGCAUUUGUGCCACCGCCCGGGCCGGGCAGUGGCAACAUGCGCUGCGCUUGCUGGAGGCCAUGGCCAUUUCCUUCCACCAGCCGGACGCCAUCACCUUGAAUGCGGCCAUCAGCUCAUGCAAGCAGGGCAGGCAGUGGCAGCAAGCGGUGCAUCUGAAGCGAUUUUGA